ACCAGCACGUAUAAAUAGCAGUGGUCCAGAGCGAUCGUACAAACAACUUCUGCAGCCACCGCGCAAUGAACAUCAAGGUGCUGUCGCUUCUGGCAGUGGUGGCAGCCGCCGCCGCCAGGCCGCAGCACUACGGCCUAAAGGACCGCUACGACUCUUACUCCAAAGAGUUAUACAGCCCUUUCAAGUCACCGGAAUUCAAGCACGAGUACGAGCACGGAGUUAGUGACUACUACAAGAGAGGCCGUCAUGAUGAGGAAAGGAGCAACAUCCAGGGGCACGUUGAGGAAGCCAUCAGGGCCGGGACAGAGGACAUCAAGCACGAGCCUGCCUUCCAAAGCAGCUACUCCCUGGAGGAGGCCAUGAGGCACAAGACAGGCUGUAAGGAACCGUGUGAUUAUCUCUUCAAAUCGGAUCUACAUCACAUAUACGAUUUCUGGAAAGACUCGAAGGAAUCAGAAGAGUCCGAAUCCGGUUCCGAUGAGUCCAAGGAAUCCAAGUCCAGUUCUCAUGAAUCGAAGGAAUCGAAGGAAUCAAAGGAAUCCAAGAAAUCAAAGGAAUCAAAGGAAUCUAAAGAAUCAAAAAAAUCUAAAGAGUCAAAGGAAUCAAAGGAAUCCAAAGAAUCAAAGGAAUCGAAGGAAUCAAAGGAAUCUAAAGAAUCAAAGGAAUCGAAGGAAUCAAAGGAGUCUAAAGAGUCUAAGGAAUCUAAAGAAUCAAAGGAAUCGAAGGAAUCUAAAGAAUCAAAGGAAUCAAAGGAAUCUAAAGAAUCAAAGGAAUCUAAAGAAUCAAAGGAAUCGAAGGAAUCGAAGGAGUCUAAAGAAUCAAAGGAAUCGAAGGAGUCUAAGGAAUCAAAGGAAUCAAAGGAGUCUAAAGAAUCAAAGGAAUCGAAGGAGUCUAAGGAGUCAAAGGAAUCAAAGGAGUCUAAAGAAUCAAAGGAAUCGAAGGAGUCUAAGGAGUCAAAGGAAUCAAAGGAGUCUAAAGAAUCAAAGGAAUCGAAGGAAUCUAAAGAGUCAAAGGAAUCUAAAGAAUCAAAGGAAUCGAAGGAGUCGAAAGAGUCUAAGGAAUCGAAGGAAUCGAAGGAGUCUAAAGAAUCAAAGGAAUCGAAGGAGUCAAAGGAAUCGAAGGAGUCCAAAGAAUCAAAGGAAUCGAAGGAGUCUAAGGAGUCAAAGGAAUCGAAGGAGUCUAAAGAAUCAAAGGAAUCGAAGGAAUCAAAGGAGUCCAAAGAAUCAAAGGAAUCAAAGGAGUCCAAAGAGUCAAAGGAAUCGAAGGAGUCCAAAGAAUCAAAGAAAUCAAAGGAGUCCAAAGAGUCAAAGGAAUCGAAGAAAUCUAAAGAGUCAAAGGAAUCGAAGGAGUCCAAGGAGUCAGGUGAAUACUCGUCCAGCUCUCAUGAACACCACUCUGAAUCUAAAAAGAAGGUCAAGACUUCAUACAAGCUUGGGGAUCGUGAGUCGGGCGAGUCCACGUCCUUCUUCAUGCCGCUCUAUGGCUUCAAUCCAACCAACAAUUACAAAAACUCGAAAAACUCCAAUGAGUAUUACCACAGUUCGGAGAAGAAGAGUUCCCAUAAGCACGGGGCGCCCUUCCUUGCAAGUUACAAGCCCGAAAUAAAGUAUCAUCCAAUCUACAACUACGGAACUUACUCCUAAACGUUCUGCGCCUGCUUGAUCUCAGCUUCCUAGUGCAGCCACUCACGCUACCGAGGACUCCCAGUGUUCCGCCCUUGCGGGUUCUCUCGCACUCAAGCUUUACACAUAUCCCGUAUUGUAUUGUUAUUUUUUAUACUAAAUAGAAAAAAAGAUAAUAUAAAAUGUAAAGAGA